AUGCCAGGGGAUGGAGACGCGGAUGCUGCGCCCAUGGCAGCCUGCCUGGGGGGGUCCCUGUGCACCCCCAGCCUGGGGUGGGCAGCAGAGGGCCCGGGGAGCGGCGGCAAGAACCGGCGCGUGUCCCACGCCACGGCACGGCUGGAGAUGGGCAGCCUCUGGGAGGAGUUCAACCGCCUGGGCACCGAGAUGAUCGUCACCAAGGCGGGGAGGAGGAUGUUCCCCACCUUCCAAGUGAAGCUGUCGGGGCUGGACCCGCUCUCUGAUUAUGUGCUGCUCAUGGACUUCAUCCCGCUGGAUGACAAGAGAUACAGAUACGCCUUCCACAGCUCCUCCUGGCUGGCAGCAGGCCGGGCCGAGCCGGCAGCACCCGGCCGGGUCCACUUCCACCCCGAUUCCCCGGCCAAGGGCGCGCAAUGGAUGCGGCAGAUCGUCUCCUUCGACAAGCUCAAGCUCACCAACAACCUCCUGGAUGACAACGGCCACAUCAUCCUCAACUCCAUGCACCGCUACCAGCCCCGCUUCCACGUGGUGCUGGUGGACCCGCGCCGCGACAGCGAGCGCUUCGCCCACCAGAACUUCAAGUCCUUCAGCUUCCCCGAAACCCAGUUCAUGGCGGUGACGGCUUACCAGAACCACCGGAUCACCCAGCUGAAGAUCGCCAGCAACCCCUUCGCCAAGGGCUUUCGGGAUGGGGACCCUGAGCCAUGGUGUGGGGUGCCGGCAGGGUCCCUAUUGGGGGCAAUGGGACCCCGGGCCCGGGCCACGUUAUUGCCCUCCCACCCCGAGAAGCAGGGCAAAGGGGCUCCCCAUGGCCAUGGGGCUCUGGCCACUGUUGGACCCCCACAACCAGCCCCACCAGUGCCUGCCCCCGGCUUCCCUGAGCUGCCUGUGCCCCACUUCCAGCCCCUCGCCUGCCCCCCAAGUGUCCUUGUGGGGUCCAAGCCCCACGCUCUGCCCUACCCCUUGCUCAGCACCUACAGCACCACCGCGGCCCCCACCUUUGGCUAUGGGCAGCAGUGA